CUGUCAUCGCUAGUGGUGUGACCGUUCGGCUGAUUGAUAUUGUUACAACGAUUUUUUCGCUGUUAAAAAUAUUUAAUAAUACCCCUUAAAUCGCGUGCCAGGCACGCGAGUGUGUGUGUCAGCCCCAACGUCAAUGCUGCGUACAAAAACCGCCGACGCCAUGACCAAGAGCAGAAGCAACAACGCCUUGGAGACUAACAACAACAUGCGAUCCUGCUAAGAUCAGAGUGAACGCGAACCCAGCCCGAUCAUGAGUCGCCAGGAGGGAGCUGCAUCCCGUCCAGCCGAGGGAGCGGCCGGCCCAGUUACAUCGUCAUCCUCAUCGACAUCGUCCACCCACUCAGUGAGUGCUGUCCUGGGCAGCAAGAUAUCCACCUCGACGCCGCAGAAAAACGAUGAGCAGCAGGAGCAGGAGUUUAUCAACCAGAGCGUGGCCAGCGAGAUCGAGGCCAUGUCCAUUUCGGGCUCCGUAUCUGCGGACAGCAGCAGUGGCACCACGGCAGGCGCCACCAUGAGCGGCAGUCCGGUGCCGAAGCGGCACCUAAGCACUGCCAAUCUGUCGCGGAUUCGUCCGCAGUCGAGCUACUCGGCUCGCGUCCUCAUCUUCGACGACUCCGACCAGGAGGCAGCUGCCGCUGCAGCGGCUCUGGCGGCUGCCUCGUCCUCGUGCAACAGCAGCGUCAAGUCCUGCAGCGGAUUGGAGCUGCUGCCCACCUCGCCGGCCAAGCUUUCCAUCGGCAACGAUAGCACCAACGGCUCCUCGAUGAUGCGCAAUCUAAAUCUGACCAAGAGCUCGUCCGGCGGCUUGUCCGGAAGUUCCAGCUCCUUGCAUUCGAGGGGAUACACGGCCCUUCUCCGGAAGAUUUCCUACCAGCAACACACCAAUUCGUUGCGUGCAGUCAGCAGCGAAGCCUCAAAUCUGUUGCGCAUGCGUCACUCCUCGCUGGGAAAGUCGGCACCCUGCCUCACUGGCAACUAUUUCCGCCACGAGCUGGCUGCUCCGCCACCGAUUCAGGCUCCCGGCUUUGGGGCUUCUCCUUCGGGCGGCCACAACAUCUCAAGGUCGGGCAGUUGUGCCGGGAUUGGCAUGGUUAAGCACCACCAUCACCAUCAUUUGCACGGCGUUGUGAUGAGAGGAUCGGCUGGUGGAGGCACUGGAUCAGCGGGCGCCUCCUCGAGUGGAGUGGCUCAUCAUCGCCUCAGCUUGGUCACCAAUGCUGCUGCCGUGGCAGCGGCUGGCGGAUCUCGGGCCCAUUCUCCGUACUCGGCCAGUCCCGUGGACAGUCCGCGCCUCAAUUCACCCAUGCCAUUUGCAUUUGCUCCGAUCAAAAGGAUCGCCUCGUGCCGUGGCGUUGUGGACGGUCGUCGCUGGUCCGUGGCCUCGCUUCCCUCCUCUGGAUACGGCACCACCCCGGGCAGCUCCAAUUUAUCGUCUCAGUGCUCCAGUCAGGAGGGGCUCAACCAGUUGCCGCACAACAUUCCGCCCGGUGUCCAGGAGGCGGAUGCCGCUGCCGUGGCCGCCGGUGCCUGCUGUGCCGAGCACCUCAAGCAGCAUUGUCCCAAGCACUGCGCUCUGUUACUGGCCGUUUCCCAGAAGCAACUGACGCCCCAGCCGCCGAAACCAUCCCAGCUGCAUCCCCAGAAACUGAUAACAGCGCCUUGUAAUAAUUGCUGUGCCGAACUGAGCUUGGCCUGCGGAGGUCAACAGGCUGGCGGAAAUGGUGGCCCAUCGGCCAAUACCUCUGCCUCGAGUGCUGUGCAGGUUGGGGGUCGAAUGUCGCCCUUCUUUCGUCCACGCUCCCGAUCGCUCUCCAGCCCAUCGCGCUCACCUAUCGUGGACAAUGAGAUUGCCGUGAUGAACACUCUGUACAAGGAGCGUUUCCCCAAGGCCACCCAGCAAAUGGAGGAGCGUCUAAAGCACUUCAUCAACGAAAACAAGAGUGCUGCUUGCAACAGCUUUAGGGACUCGCAGCCGAUAGUGCGCUUUGUGCAUCAUCAGGUAUUGGAAAUGGCAAGGGACUGCCUGCACAAAUCGGAGGCCAAGUUGAUAACCUCGCAAUAUUUCUAUGAGCUAAGUGAGAAUCUGGAGCGUUUGCUGGUCGAGACCAAGGAGAAAUCGCCGGAGGCGGCCGCUGAGCUAAAUGGUGUGAUUAAAAAGCUUCUAUUGAUUAUUUCGCGUCCAGCUCGAUUGCUGGAAUGCCUGGAAUUCGAUCCGCAGGAGUUCUACGAGCUAUUGGAGGCUGCCGAGGGACAAGCCAAGGCCAUGCCCGUUAUCAAGGCGGACAUUCCGCAAUACAUAAUCCACAAGCUGGGCCUGAACCGUGAUCCAAUCGCAGAACUUCAGCAAGAGUUGAGGGAGACACAGCAGAUGUGCUCGGAGCAGGUUACCGUGGACGCGGAUCCUCUGCAACCGAAUGGCAGUUUGCUCCUCAAUUCGCCCCUCACCAGUGCAGCCAAACAGUUGAGCAGCCUGGCCCUGGAUUCCAUUGCCUUGGACUCAGGGAGUGGCACAGCGACACCUCAGCAGCCUCCUCAGACCCCCGUAGCUACGUGUGAAAAUGCUCCAUCUUUUGCACAGGCUAUAAGCCAGAUGAAUGAGGAAAGAACAGGAGCAGGUAGUGCAGUUGGAGGAUCAGGAGCAGGAGCUGGAGGAUUCCCUGUAGGAGCUGCAGGAACAACAGCAGGCAGUGGAGCCCAACAACAACCCUCACCCCAAGAAAACGACUUUGACAUUGUCAAGCUGAUCUCAAAUGGUGCUUACGGAGCCGUCUACCUGGUGAAGCACAAGACCACCCGUCAGCGCUUCGCCAUGAAGAAAAUCAACAAAAAUAAUCUCAUUCUGCGCAACCAGGUGGAGCAGGUGUUUGCCGAGCGUGACAUUCUCUCGUUCGCCGACAAUCCCUUUGUGGUCAGCAUGUACUGUUCGUUCGAGACCAAGAAACACCUGUGCCUGGUAAUGGAGUACGUGGAGGGUGGCGACUGCGGAACGCUGCUGAAGAACAUCGGGCCACUGCCCGCGGACAUGGCCCGCUUCUAUUUCGCCGAGACAGUAUUAGCCGUAGAGUAUCUGCACAGCUACGGCAUCGUGCACCGCGACCUGAAGCCGGACAAUCUUCUGAUCACGGCCCUGGGCCACAUCAAGCUGACUGACUUUGGGCUCUCCAAGAUGGGUCUUAUGUCGUUGGCCACCAAUCUGUACGAGGGAUAUAUCGAUUCGGAGACUAGGCAAUUUUCCGACAAGCAGGUGUAUGGCACACCCGAGUACAUUGCCCCCGAAGUGAUCCUACGCCAAGGUUAUGGCAAACCAGUCGAUUGGUGGUCAAUGGGCAUCAUUCUAUACGAAUUCCUUAUCGGUUGUGUGCCGUUUUUUGGCGAGACCACGGAGGAAUUAUUUGCGCACACAGUCAACGAUGACAUCGAGUGGCCGGACAGUGAAGAUUGGCCCGUGCAAUCGGAGGCAAAGGACAUAAUUUCGCAGUUGCUGCAGCAGAAUCCGAGGGAUCGUUUGGGCACCCAAUCGGGUGCCCUUGAAAUGAAGGAGCAUGAAUAUUUUCUGGGCAUGGAUUGGAAUUCCCUGCUGCGUCAAAAGGCAGAGUUUGUGCCGCAGUUGUCUCACGAUGAUGAUACCAGUUAUUUUGACACCCGCAUGGAUCGCUACAACCAUGAUCUAGGUGGCGAAGAUACGGACGACACAGAUGAUACGCCCGUUUUUGGCAGUUUUAAUUCGUAUACUCCGCAAUAUAGGAAGCAGCAUUAUAGUUGGUCUCGUCAUGCCACGCCCUCGGCCACCGAUGGCGCCAAACCGACUGGCCCGCCACCACUUACAUCGCUACCAUCGCGUGCCCAGGAGAACCCAGUAGCAGCCGCAGGUCCCACAUCAACUGGCGCCCUGCCUAAACUCAAAACGGGGACGGGAAGCGGUAGUGGUAGCGGUAGUGGUUCGGGUAGCGCCUCCAACGAGGGAGUGGUCAACAAGUUCUUGAACACGCCACAACUGCGAAAGCUAGAUCUCUCGUCCAGCUGCCUGAAGGUGCCGUCCACCCCAGAUGCCGACUAUUUGCCCGAGUUGCUGCACAAUGUCACGAUUGGAAACGACGCGGAACUGCGGAUGUUGAAACACUAUCUUCAGCAACCGGUUUCCGGGCAAACUCAGCGCAUGCAGCAGCGUCAUAGCAUGCCGCCAAACACGACGACCAUCAUCAGCACGCCGGCCACUCCGCCACCAACUCAAAGUCAGGCGGCAAUGGCGGCCACUCCGCCAACAGCCACGGUGGGCAGCUUCUCACGCAGCACGCCGGAGAGUUCGCAAACGGACAGUGAUGACUUCUCGCCGCAGAUCAACCGAAAACGAAAGGGCGUCUGUGCCAGGGACAUUUUGCCACGUUUCUCCAUCUCGAUAGAGGACGAAACCAUUUCCGCGGGCAGCUCAUCCACGGAGAACAUGAACUUGCCCAGGGAACAAUCCCCGCUGGCGUUGCAGCAUCAACCGAAAUCCAUGGACGGCAGCAGCAGUGGCACCAGCAUGAAGCACCAUCGUUCCAGGUCGAUUGUUAAGUCAGCAUCCGCUUUGGGCUUGUCGCUGAUGACAUCACUGGACAACAGUCAAUUGGCCGCUCAGUUGUGCGGCAUUCAAUCGCCGGGCGGCGGAGGCAAUGGCUCCAGCACAGCCAGCUCCAGGGAUACGUCUCCUUGCCGAGAGCUCUCGCCAUUGGUCACAAAUCUGAAGCCACCGAUCAUCAUUCGACGUGGACCGCGUGGAUUUGGUUUUACUGUACACACCAUCCGGGUGUACUAUGGCGACACGGACUUUUAUACGAUGCACCAUUUGGUCAUGGCCGUAGACGAGGGCAGCCCGGCUUUUGAGGCAGGGCUGCGACCGGCGGAUCUCAUUACCCAUGUCAAUGGUGAGGCUGUGCAGGGUCUGUUCCACACACAGGUGCUGCAGCUGCUCCUAAGCGGCGGCGAGCAUGUUACCCUGCGGGCCACGCCCCUCGAACACACUAGCAUUCAGAGCGGUGGCCGCAAGCGCGAUCUCAUGCACAGCAAGCUGGCCAAAAAGGGUGUGAACCGCCAGAAGAAGCAGACCAAGCGGGAGCACGACAAGAAGCGUAAGACUUCGCUGUUCCGCCGCAUAAGCAGCAAGCGCGCCAAUGCGGAGAUGCAGCAGUACUCUGCUGGCACAAGCUCACCGACCACACCAUCAGCAAGAAAUCUGUCACCGUUGGAUUCUUCGUAUCACAGCAGCUGUUGCCAGUCGGCAGCUAACUCCUCAUCGCAGUCCACCUCGCCCUCUUCCUCAUCGCCCAACACACCCACCGGUUCGAGUGGCUCCAAUCACGGUGGCAACGCAGCAUCCGCUCCAGUUGCUCCCUCGGCCCUCAGUGUGCAAUUGCCCGCUGCCCCGCCACCCACGCAGCUGGUGCUCUUGCCCCAUGUGGGAGCCGUCGUCGGCAGUAGUCCCACCUCUGUGGGAAAUGUGCCAGUGUCUCCCACUGGCGUCGUUCCGCAGCUGUAUCAGCGUCCAUCCACUCUACAUGGUCUCAAGCACAAGCUGCACGCGGCCACCUCCGUAAUAGCGGGCGGAGGCAAUGCCAGCAAUCCCGCCGGAGGACUGAAGACCCUCCACACCACGAGCAACAAUUCGCUGCCGAAUCGCCGGAAGUCUGUGGGCCACAUUCCGCUGUCUCCGUUGGCGCGGACUCCUUCCCCAUCGCCGCUGCCAUCGUCGCCCACACGAUCUCCUUCCCCAUUGGCCUUUCCACUGGUUGGUCAUCAGCCAGGUGCCUCCAACACCACACAGUCUUACAGUCCUGGGAGCACGCUGCCCACGUUGCAGACGGCGGUGAAUGCCAACACCAAGAAGGCAGGAUUUGCGCGCACCAAGUCAGCGGAACCGAGUUCUCCGCUGCUUAGACGGGCCUUGUCCCCGGACCGCUUGCACCCUCGUAGCGCUGAAACGAAGAUAUCGCCACUGUGCUGCUCGCCGCCCAUCAAGCAGCCCACGCACCAGCGAGUUGUGACCACCACCUGGAGGUCGACGCCAGGCGGCAAUGCAGCGGGAUCUGGAGGUGCAGUUUCAGGUGCUCCUGCAGCACAAGCACAGCAGAUGGUAAUGGCCGCCCCUGAGGAAUCUCAAAGACAAACCGCUGUGGCUUCAGUGGUUCCCACAACCACUUCCGGUACGGAGUCAAGUGCCACCGCUGUGGUUACCCUGGCCAACUCCGAGCCUCUGCCCCGCAUUGCCGAGGAGAAGGAUUCGCCCACCAGCACCCAGGACAGCAGCAGUGUGUCCGAGGGAUUCAUGCCCGCCAUCGAGGAGUAUGGUGAGGGGGAGUCCUCGUCCUCGCCCACUCAAACCCUCGAGAAGCCCACUAAGGUCAAGGCUACCGAGCAACCAGAAAUGGAGCCUGCUGGCAAGACCAAGAAGGUAGACCAGGGUAAAACCAUAGCCCCAUCAGCACCCAAAUCCAAGUCCCAGAACAGUGGCUGUAAAACUUCGAUGACAACGACAAAGCCCGCCAGUCCGAGCGUGACCAUCACCACAGGACCACGCAAGGACUCAAUGGCUACGACAGGAGGUGGAACCACUGCAACUGGAGCAACUGCAGGCACUUCUGCUGCCAAGCAGAGGAAGUAGCGCCAGAGCAGCCGCGGUGGAUAUGGAUGCUUGUGUUUUAAAUUUCGCGUUUAAACGUUUAUCUAAGAUGAGGAAAAGAAGAAGGAAGGGCGUGGAUGGGGGGCAGGAAAUGGAAAUGGAAGCCGCAGGAAUUCAAUAUAUAUUUAUAGCGAUUGAUUGCGUUUUAAACCUUUUUUCGAAGUAAGCUUGUGUUUUUGCGCAAAUCAUAAAAUUUAGCAAUGAAAUUAAUUAGAAAAUUCUGAAACCUAGUAGUUUGUAGAUGUCGUAACUAAAGAAAAACAAAAAGAAUACCGCUUGAAAACUCUUAAUGUAAAUUAGUAGGCACGAAAGCAAAUCGAGAAAAAGCACGAUAUUCCAGUUAAAACAAAACUAAGAGGCACCACGCAAUUAUGUACUGUAUAUAAAUGUGUAACAUUGAUAGAAUUAACGAAUUGAGGACUACGGAUGGUGAGUCGAAUGGAGAGUCAUGGAGCGGAAUACGCGGUGUUUGGGCUGCGUUUAUAACAUUUUUGCGAAUCUAUACACUAUGCCGAAUUCAAUAUAAACUAUAUAUUAAAUAAAUGUUAUGUGUGUGUGUAAA